AUGUUUAGCAGUAUGAGAUCGGUGAUAGAAAGAUACGCGAAGCUGACAGAGGACAAUUAUCAUCUCAUCAAUCCUACUGCUGAGAUCAAGUUUUGGCAGAGGGAAGCAUCAAGCUUGAGGAAACAACUGCAGUACUUGCAACAAUGCCGCAGGCAGCUUUUAGGAAAAGAGCUUUCAGGAUUGAGCGUUGAGGACCUCCAAAAUCUUGAAAAUCAACUCGAGAAGAGUCUAAAAGGAGUGCGAACGAGGAAGGAACAAACGAUGAGGGAGGAGAUCAAAGAGCUACACUUGAAGGCGAACCUCACUCAACAAGAAAAUUUAGAACUACACAAGAAGAUACACAUUGUAAGUCAAGAGAAUGCAGAGCUUCAGAAAAGGAACAAACCAGAUGUAGUCAACUUGGG